AUGAUUAGAGAGAAUCUAAGUCAUGCUAAAUCACUAAAUAAGCCAGAACGUCAUCAACCAAAGGCUCCCCUUUUGACAGGAAAAGUUCAAGAAAAGAAAACUUGUUGGGUGAUAUUUUCUAGAAUAGUAACGUUCUGGGCACACCCUGCUUUAUUAUCUUCAAUAGGAGGUCUUCAUGAUAGACCAUCAAGACAAGCAUGGCGUGAAAAAAUUACUCUAUGUUUUAUUUUUCUCUUCUUGAGUGGCACGGUUGGUUUUUUAACUGUUGGUUUUUCUUCGCUUAUUUGUCCUGUUUCUGAAGAAGAUAAUGACCAUUUUUAUUCGAGUUUUAAUCAAACACCAGGACAUCUUGGAAUAUUGGGUUGGCAAUUUGAUGUAACAAAUGCAAAAGUACCCCCAGAACUUCCUAUUUUCGACAUAUUAAAACAUGGAAAUGGACAAGACAUUACAAAUUAUUUCACUCGUGAAAAUCAAGAAAUUAAACCUUGCGUAAAACGUGGCAUUAAAAAUUUUACAAUUGUUAGUCACGAACCUUGUUCCAGUCCAAAAAGUGAUAUUUGCGUUUUGAAACCUCCAAUUAAGAAAACUCUAAAUUCAUUAAAUAUUUUUAAUACGACAAAAAUGGUGGGCUAUGAUUGGGAUCAACUUAUACCCUUAAAAUAUUAUAUGGUUGUAAAUGGGAAUGUAUUAAAUCUAGUACCCUAUAUCACAUCAUAUCCAGAUCCAGUAAAUAAUGAUUUAAUGGAUAUAAUUGUUCGUAAAACGUUAAAAUCAAAAGGAAAGGAUGCGACGCGUUUAUUAUAUAACAAUCCAGAAACGAAAGGUGCUGUUGAUUGUCUUGUUGAUAAAUAUUUUGCUGGAAAAAUUGAUAAACAAACUAUUGGGUGUUUUACGUCAUUACUUUUCUUAAAUAUUUCAUUGACUACCAUCUUAGGAGUUGUAUUUGUAAGAUUUUUAUUGGCUUGUGUUUUUAAUUGGUUUAUUUUACCAAGACUUUCUCUUAAACCAGUGAAAGUAACUUCUAGGGUUUCUAAGACUCCAACUAAUACGAGUAAAAUAAUGAGUAAAAUUGGAAACAAUUUAUUCUGUGUAUUGUUAGUUACAUGUUAUUCGGAAGGUGAAAUUGGUAUAAGAACAACUUGUGAAUCAUUAGCCGCUACUGAUUACCCAAAUGACAAGAAAUUAUUGUUUUUAAUUUGUGAUGGAAUUAUUACUGGUAGCGGAAAUUUGAGGAGUACUCCGAAUAUUUGUAUAGGAAUGAUGGAACUUAUUCCAGAAUUUGAAAAUCCUCGGCCGAUGAGUUACAUUGCAAUUGGCGAGGGUGCUAAACAAAACAACACUGCUAAAGUUUAUGCCGGUUAUUUUCCUUAUAAAAAUAACCGAGUUCCAAUGAUUACUCUUGUAAAAUGUGGAAAUUCUCAAGAACAAUGCCAACCUAAACCUGGAAAUCGUGGAAAACGUGAUUCUCAAGUGAUUUUAAUGAAUUUAUUCAGUCGCGUUACGUACAAUGACCGGAUGUCCGCUUUGGAUUAUGAUAUGUUCCGUAAGAUUACUCACCUUAUGAAAGUGACACCAGAUUUUUUCGAAGUUGUUUUAAUGGUGGACGCUGAUACAAAAAUAUAUCCUAAUUCUUUACGAUUACUCGUUAAUGUUAUGUGUAACGAUCCUCAAAUUAUGGGAGUUUGCGGAGAGACCCGUAUUGCAAAUAAGCGAGACUCAUGGGUUACAUGUAUUCAAGUGUUUGAAUAUUUUAUUUCUCACCAUUUAGGUAAAGCUUUUGAAUCAGUAUUCGGCGCUGUAACUUGUUUGCCAGGUUGUUUCUCUAUGUAUCGGCUUAAAACUCGUAAAGAUAACGUUUGGGUUCCAAUUUUAACGAAACCAGAAAUCGUACAAGAAUAUUCUCAGAAUAGUGUAAACACUCUUCAUCAAAAGAAUCUAUUACUUCUUGGAGAAGAUCGGUUCUUGACAACGCUCAUGUUGAGAAAUUUUCCACAUCGUAAAAUGAUGUUAUGUCCUCAAGCUGUUUGUAAAACUAUUGUACCAGAUAAAUUUGGAGUUUUAUUAUCUCAAAGACGUAGAUGGAUUAAUUCAACAAUUCAUAAUCUUAUGGAACUUGUAUUAGUUAGAAAUCUUUGUGGAACUUUUUGUUUUUCUAUGCAAUUCGUUAUCUUUAUGGAAUUAAUGGGAUCUGUUUCAUUACCGAUCGCAGUUUUAUUAACUUAUAGCUUAAUUAUUGCAACUUUUAUACAACCUCCAAAGACUUUUUCUGAAGCAAUUCCAAUAUUAAUGUUAAUAUCCAUUCUUGGAUUACCUGCUUUGCUAAUUUUAAUUACAACAAGAAAAUUUGUUUAUAUUUUUUGGAUGUUUAUAUAUUUAUUAGCAUUACCUAUAUGGAAUUUAAUUUUACCUAUAUAUGCUUAUUGGCACUUUGAUGAUUUUUCGUGGGGCGAAACAAGAAAAGUUAAAGGUGAAAAUAAUAAUGAUGGUCAUGGAACAAAAGAAGGAUUAUUCAAUUCUUCUGAAGUUCCACUUAAACAUUGGGAAAAUUGGGAAAGAGAUAGAUGUAAAGUAAUUUUUAACAAAAUCUUUAAGUCAUUAUAUUAA